CCCCCGCCCACCCGCGCCGUCCCGCCCCCGCCCCAAAGCGGGCUAUAAGUUCCCGCCGCGCUCGGGGUCCGCGAGUGCCCGCCGCCGGUGGUCGGCGCUUGGAGGAUCCCGCCGCCAGCCCAAGGAGCCGCCGCCGCUGCCCGACCAUGGCCGAGGAGCUGGUGCUGGAGAGGUGUGACCUGGAACUGGAGGCCAACGGCCGCGACCACCACACAGCCGAACUGUGCCGGGAGAGGCUGGUGGUGCGGCGGGGCCAGCCCUUCCAGCUGACGCUGCAUUUUGAGGGCCGCGGCUACGAGGCCAGCGUGGACAGCCUCACCUUCAACAUCGCGACAGGCCCAGCACCCAGCGAGGAGGCUGGGACCAAGGCCCGUUUCCCACUGUCCGAAGCCGAGGAGGAGGGCACCUGGACAGCCGUGGUGGCGGGCCAGCAGGACAACGUCCUCUCGCUGCAGUUCAGCGCCCCGGCCCAUGCCCCCAUCGGCCUGUACCGUCUCAGCCUGGAGGCCUCCACUGGCUACCAGGGCUCCAGCUUCGUGCUGGGCCACUUCAUCCUGCUUUUCAACACUUGGUGUCCAGCGGACGCUGUGUACCUGGACUCGGAUGAGGAGCGACUGGAAUACGUCCUCACCCAGCAGGGCUUCAUCUACCAGGGCUCGGCCAAGUUCAUCAAGAGUGUGCCCUGGAACUUUGGACAGUUUGAAGAUGGGAUCCUGGACAUCUGCCUGAUGCUCCUGGAUGUUAACCCCAAGUUCCUGAAGGACGCCAACCGUGACUGUUCCCGCCGCAGCAGCCCCAUCUACGUGGGCCGGGUGGUGAGUGGCAUGGUCAACUGCAAUGAUGACCAGGGAGUACUGCUGGGUCGCUGGGACAACAACUAUGGGGACGGUAUCAGCCCCAUGUUCUGGAUUGGCAGCGUGGACAUCCUGCGGCGCUGGAAGACCCAUGGCUGCCAGCACGUCAAGUACGGCCAGUGCUGGGUCUUUGCUGCUGUGGCCUGCACAGUGCUGCGCUGCCUUGGCAUCCCCACCCGCGUAGUGACCAACUACAACUCGGCCCACGACCAGAACAGCAACCUGCUCAUCGAGUACUUCCGCAACGAGUUCGGGGAGAUCCAGGGUGACAAGAGCGAGAUGAUCUGGAACUUCCACUGCUGGGUGGAGUCAUGGAUGACCAGGCCCGACCUGCAGCCGGGGUACGAGGGGUGGCAGGCCCUUGACCCCACGCCCCAGGAGAAGAGUGAAGGGACGUACUGCUGCGGCCCAGUUCCCGUCCGUGCCAUCAGGGAGGGCGACCUGAGCACCAAGUACGACGCCCCCUUUGUCUUUGCCGAGGUCAAUGCCGACGUGGUCGACUGGAUCCGUCAGGACGAUGGGUCCGUGCACCAGUCUGUCAACAAGUCCCUGGUUGUGGGGCUGAAGAUCAGCACCAAGCGUGUGGGCCGAGACGAGCGGGAAGACAUCACUCACACCUACAAGUACCCAGAGGGGUCCCCAGAGGAGAAGGAAGCCCUCACAAGGGCCAACCACCUGAACAAGCUGGUCCAGAAGGAGGAGAUGGGGGUGGCCAUGCGGAUUCGCGUGGGCGAUGGCACGAACAUGGGCAGUGACUUUGACGUCUUUGCCCACAUCAACAACAACACCUCCGAGGACCGUGCCUGCCGCCUCCUGCUCUGUGCCCGCACGGUCAGCUACAACGGGAUCCUGGGGCCCGAGUGCGGCACCAAGGACCUGCUCAAUCUUGCCCUGGAGCCCUUCUCUGAGAAGAGCAUUCCUCUUCGCAUCCUCUAUGACAAAUACUGUGACUGCCUGACGGAGUCCAACCUCAUCAAGGUGCGGGGCCUCCUCAUCGAGCCGGCCGCCAACAACUACCUGCUGGCCGAGAGGGACAUCUAUCUGGAGAAUCCGGAAAUCAAGAUCCGGAUCCUGGGAGAGCCCAAGCAGAACCGCAAGCUGGUGGCUGAGGUGUCCUUGCGGAACCCACUCACCGUGCCCCUGUCAGGCUGUGCCUUCACCGUGGAGGGGGCUGGCCUGACUGAGGAGCAGAAGACUGUGGAGAUCCCGGACCCCGUGGAGGCAGGGGAGGAGGUCAAGGUGAGGGUGGACCUGCUGCCGCUCCAUGUGGGCCGCCACAAGCUGGUGGUGAACUUCGGGUGCGACAAGCUGAAGGCAGUCAAGGGCUACCGGAACGUCAUCAUUGGCCCCCCCUAAGGGGCUCCCGUGCCCAGCCCCACCGCAGCCUGCUGAGAGCUCCCCAACUGGACCCCAACCUUGAUCCCAAGCUAAUGAGCAAAUUAUGCCCCGUUUUGAGCUCCAUACCCCAGGGUAGAGGUGGGCUGCCUGUGGGGACCCUUUGGAAGGGAAUGUGCUUCUGGCCCAUCUUGUUCCCCUGAGCCUGGUUUCCCAUCCAUCCUUAGCCAUGAGGAAUGUUCUUUGCAGCCCCAGUGAGAGCCCCCACCUGGGCUGGCUGGGGGUAUGGAGCAGGAGGAGGGGGGCAAAAUCUCACAUCUGUCCAGCCCAGAGGCCGUUUGGAAAGUCAUUGACCACCCACCAUCUUGUUUGAUCUAAUCCACAGCCCCCCUGGAGGUGGCAAAAAAAAGGAUAGAGUGCCCAUUGGCUGGAUCAACUCAACUCUGAGUGGGUCCUGUACCCGCCCACCCUGACCAUGCCCAGGAAGAGCCAGAUGGAAUGGGGAGGGGUCCAGGAAUAGGUCAGGUCCAAGCUCCCCUCCCCAUCCCAGCAGCCUUGGUCCCACAGUCCCCACCCACCUCACCAUUGUGGAGGGCUUACUCGGGGCCAGGCCCCUCCUAGCUUGCUGGUGCUCACCCAGCCACAGGCUCAUUUAAUUGCUGUGGGAAACUGCAGAGUAGGAGCUGCUUUCUCGACAGAAACUGAGGCUGGGAGAGGUGAGGCAGUCUACUCUCCACCAGCAGAGCUCCUGGUUAUUCGACAGGCUGGUAAGCUGGAGGCAGGCCUUCUGACUCUGAAUCUAGUGCUCAGUUCAUGACUCCAGCCCUGACUUGAGGACAGAGAGGCUGUUUGGGACCUGAUCAAAAAGGCCCCAGUCAGAACAAGGGUAGAGAGGUGGUUGGAGGGGCUGGAGGUCAGCGUCCUGGGUUCCAGCCUCAAGUCUGGCCGUAUGAGUCUGAGCUAGUGCCUUCCCAUCUCAGGGCCUCCAUUUCCUCAUUGGUCAGAGGAGUGAAUGAACCAGCUCAUUUUCAAGACCCUCUUAGCUCCAUACUUCUGAUACCUUCCACAUUACCCAGCCUUGUGAAUAACUACCAGCCCGCUCCCCAGCUCCGCAGAGCCUUAGAUAACAGGCCCAGGAUGCUUCUGAGAGCAAACCAUGACCAUGACCACCAUUCUGCCCCCAGCCCUGUCCUGGUUCCCAACUUAUGAAGACACUUUCCUUCAGACCCCAGUUCUGGGGGAGAAGAGCCCUGGAUGCCCCUCCUACCCAUGAGCCUUCCCACCACAGUGCCUAGACUUCACACCCAGAGCCUUAGCUGCCUCUGCUGGUCACUAACCAACAAGGUCAGUGCCUUAGCUGCUCCCUCUUGGGUAAGCCUGGGGAGCCCAUGAGUUGUCAUCUCUGCUUUUAUCCCCAGUUGACUGAGCCUCCCUCAGGCUGGAAGGGGAGGGAGAAUUCACAGCCUCCAGGGCCCCCAAAAUUCCUGAGAGGGACUUGGGGGGAAAGUCACGCUAAUGCACUUAGAACUUUCUGCUUUGCAUAGGGAAGAAUCACAAAUGAGCCAACGUGUAUAUGUUCUAUAUAAAGAUAGCUUUAUUUCUUUAUGGCUUUAUAAAAGCUUUUGGGUACCAAGCAGUUAGUAGCUGUGCUUUUGAACCACAAGGAGGGAGCACUGAAAUAAAGAGAGUUUAUUUUUCACAUUCAAA